AUGGCGACCUCCGGGGGAGAUCCCCAGAGAAGGAAAACUACCUCUCUCCAGGGAGGCAGCGGUUCAAGAGGUGGAGCCCAGUCGGUACUGGUUCGCCCAGAAAAAGAACGCUGGUCUUCAUUUCCCAUGGGGCAGAGACUGAUAGGUCCUUACAAAACCUCCUCCUCCUCCUUCCUGCUCCAGCAGAUCAUUCACCGCUAUCCGGAGUCGGACCCAGAGCAAGAGGAAUCCGAGAGCGAGGGCGAGGGCGAGGAAGAGGAGCUAAUGGAUUCCGAGGAGUCCUCAGAGUCCGAGCUGCUGAAUUUGGAGGGUGAAUUUGAUGGGGUCCUGAGAGAGGAGGCCGUGGCUGAGGCACUCUACCAGUUGGGGCGCUCCGGUUCCGGGACUGAGCAGGUCUUCCUCAACCUAACUUUAUCGGGUUGUGAUUUGAUUGACAUUAGCAUCCUCUGCGGAUAUGUCCACCUGCAGAAGCUGGAUCUCUCAGCAAAUAAAAUUGGAGAUUUGUCUUGUGUGGGUUGUAUGCCGUAUCUUCUAGAACUUAAUGCUUCUCAAAAUAAACUGACUACAUUCUUCAAUUUCAAGCCACCCAAAAAUCUCAAGAAGGUGGAUUUUUCCUGCAACCAAAUUUCUAAAAUGGGUGAUUUGUCGGCAUACCAGGCUCUCACUAAACUAAUUCUGGACAACAACGCGAUAGAAGAAAUCAGCGGGUUAGAGCUGUGCAGCAGCCUGACUCACCUCAGCUUGGCCAAGAACAAGAUCACAACGAUCAGCGGCCUGGGCGAGCUGCCCAUCAAAAUCCUCUGUCUGAGCCAUAACCAGAUUGAGAAGAUCAUGGGUUUGGACCAGCUAAGAGCCCUGAAGAUUGUGGACCUAUCCCACAAUCAGAUCAAGAGCCUCCAAGGCUUAGAGAAUCACGACUUCCUGGAAGUGAUCAACCUAGAGGACAAUAAGAUUGCUGAGCUGGGUGAAAUAGAAUACAUUGAAACUCUACCUCUCCUUCGAAUUCUCAAUCUUCUGAAAAAUCCAAUUCAGGAACAAUGUGAAUAUUGGUUCUUCGUCAUUUUUAUGCUACUACGAUUAACAGAAUUAGAUCAGAAGAAGAUUACAGUGGAAGAAAAGGUUUUGGCAGUGAAUAAGUACAACCCUCCCCCGGAAGUGGUCGCAGCCCAGGAUCACCUGACCCACGUUGUCCACAGCGUGAUGCAGCCGCAGAGGAUCUUUGACAGCACCCUGCCCAGCCUGGACGCCCCGUACCCCAUGUUGGUCUUAGCCGGUCCUGUAGCCUGUGGGAAGCGAGAACUCGCCCACCGCCUCUGCAGGCAGUUCAGCACUUACUUCCGAUACGGGGCCUGUCACACCACAAGACUCCCUUACUUUGGAGAAGGGGAUCGAGUUGAUUACCAAUUUGUCUCUGAAGAGGUUUUCAAUAAAAUGAUAAACAUGGGGAAAUUCAUUCUCACAUUUAAUUAUAAUGAUCACAAUUACGGAUUGAGUAGGGACACCAUAGAAGGCAUCGCCAGAGACGGUUUAGCCAGCUGUGUUCAUAUGGAAAUCGAAGGUGUAAGAAGUUUGAAGCUCACCUAUUUUGAACCUCGGUAUAUCCUGGUGCUACCCAUGAACAAGAAGAAAUAUGAGGGACACCUGCGGAGGAAAGGGCUCUUCAGUCGUGUAGAGAUUGAAUUUGCUGUCUCCAGGGUGGACCAUUAUAUUAAAAUUAAUCAGAAAUUUCCAGGAUUUUUCGAUGCAGUGAUCAAUGCAGAUGAUCUGGAUGCUGCCUACCAACAGCUGAGUCAGCUGGUUCAGGAGUACCUUGGAUUGGGUGAGGACACCGCCCCAGGUUUGGCUCCACCUGCAGAUGUUAAGACAUCUCCACGGACAUUUCAAAAAUCUCCGUAUUUGAGUUCGUGUGGUUUUAUGGAUUCUACAGACAGAAACUUCUUCAUGAAAUUAUGGACCAAAUUUUCAACCAAAAAGACACCAGUGGAAGAAAGUUCUAUAGAGAGACAGUACGAGGCAGCCCGGCAGGCCCUAAUGGGGAAGACACCUCCUCAUUUUACACUCCUGUUUCAAAGAGGUUCAGUACCAACACCCCUCGACAAUACACAUUAUGCCUCAGUUUCGGAACUACAGAAAAUCUUUGAGAUUUGUGAAGAGUCUUUUAAAAUUCCCUUUGGAUAUGGAAGGAGCAACAGGGAUACCCAUGGUGGGAAAUAUUCUGCAUUGUUUCAGUCUUGUCCAUGGCUAAAAGAAUUGCCUUUUGAGCCCCCAGGAAUAAGUGAUAUGAAGGAUGAUCGGAGCCUUAAAGCACAACACAAGAUGUCACUUCAAUAUGAAAAAGGGUCUUUGCACAACAGAAGACACACGAUAGCACUCAUCAGUCACCCAGGUUCCAACACCAAACCCACCCUCCCUCCAAUCCCUCAGGGCCGGAAGUACGCCAGUACUUGACAUUGUAUACUAACAUGGAAACCUUGCUCCGAUCACGUCCAGUUCCUGUGUCUCGCCUGGCCAUGGAUCCUGGCUGCUUCUUGCACAGCCAUCUACCUACAAAAGAAUGUCCUGUAUGCCUUAAUUCUCUCAAUCAAUUUCUUUUGUGAUUC